ACACGACACUGCAUCCUUGGAUGAAGAAGUGUGAUGUUGAGACUGCAGCCUGCAGACGCGGUAAAUUAUGGGUGGAGUCUUUACUGAAGUCCCUUUAAAAUAUAAAUGAGCCUCCUGUUUUUUUCCACACAUACCUGGACAAGACACUGCCUGCUGAUCUCACAGACAUUCACAGGAGCAAGCUAAGGAGUCAGGAUGACUGAAGCGGAACUUUUGAACACGCUGAAAGAUUUGGAAAGCGAGGAGUUCAAGGACUUCAAGUGGUAUCUGCAGAAGGAUGACAGCCUCGAAGGCCGAACAGCCAUCUCAAAGGGCAAGCUGGAGAAGGCAGAGCAACGGGACACCGUGGAUCUGAUGGUGCAGACCUACACUCUUACUGAAGCUGUGGAGGUGACCAAAAUCCUUUUAAUGAAGAUCAAAAGGAAUGAUCUGGUCCAGCGUUUGUCGCCCAGCAGCUCGGCACCAAAAGCAAAGUCAAGAAAGAAGGUGAACAAAUCACAGGGUCCAAAAAGGGGACUGGACACUGACAGUCCAGUCACAGUGGAGGGCGGCACUUCUCUGGCUUUGGAGCCGACAUCAAGCCCCUCAGAUGUGAGAGAGCGAGACCUCAGCAACAGUAACCUUGGUGACCCAGGAGUGAAGAUGCUGCCUGCAGCACUUGUGGAUCCACGCUGUGGACCGGACCCUCUCAGAGUGGAACGUGGUGAAGGGAUGAGAUCUGGUCUGAGCAAGUUUUCCUCAGAUGAAGUCAGUCUGGAAUCAAGCUCAGUAAACAUGUCUUCCAAUUCGUCCGUCAGGAAGAGGAAGAUGGCAUCAAUGAAUCAGUCAUAUGGUGAAACAGGCACAUUUGGCUUCUUCUCUAAGCUGUGGCGUAGAUAGUGAAAGGCUGAGUCAGUAUGAGUUGUUUGUAUAGACAGGUUUCCUGUUUAGUGAAAAACCUUUUUAUUAUAUUCACAACACUGGCAUAAUGAUAAAUCCUGUAAAAAAAUCCUAUUGUUUCCUCAGAUUAUACCAGACACUCCCCCACAUUGUUAAGCUCCAGAGCAGAAUUCUGGCGCUAACAGCUAAUUCUAUCAAUCAUUACCUGUUGACUUUUGGACUGUAUAAAGAUUUCAAGCGCCUGUUAGCUUAGCCAUGCACCUCUGUGAGGAAUCAACUUCCCUCCUUCUCCGUGUUACACUUAAGGAUGGCAGCACACGAGAUGAUACUGACAUCAAAUGUGAUGAAAAUGCUGUUUUUCUUUAAUGUGCAAUAUGAUGUUUGUGAAUGUUGUGUGAAUAUGCUUUUACAGGUAUAAUGCAUUGUAGGCUAUACUGUCUGGAGAAAUCAAUGAAUAUGAAUAUAAAUAUUAACUAGGCUUCAUCUCGCGCUCUUUUUUCAGAGUUUGCUGCUGUUGCUAAAGUUAGCUCAAUCUAGACAAGCUAAUAUCAAGUAACAGCAUCGAGUAGCAGAGGGGAAGGGGGAAGUGCUGACUGCUCCUUGGCUUUUCACUUGUCUGAUACAGCCCAUCAUGUAUUAUGAAAAGGUUUUUUGUCAAUGAGUUAUUUGUUUAGAAAUGUAUUUGGUUACUGUGUUAAUGAAAAUGUUUUUUAAGAGUUUUUUUUAUCUGUUGAGAUGAUUAGACAUUUGCCUCUACGGUUUUGAUCAAACCUUUCGAUAAAUGAGUUUUAACAUGAA